AUGGGCGUGCCUCGAAGUAAUGGUUGCUUGCUCUGUGUGCAGCGUCAUGUAAAGUGUGACGAGGGGCUCCCUGGAUGUGCAAGAUGCGCGAAAUAUGGAAGGCCCUGUCCCGGCUACGGCCGAGGCUUCAAGUUUGUCACAGGGAAGCCGUAUCGCUCCAGACGGCAUCAGGGGUCGAAAACAGCGGAGGAUGACACGGAUCUCGCAGAGGGUAGCUCAGGAAAAGCCAGCCAGGCUAUGCAGCAAUCUCAAGCUCGAAGGGCCAGUUCAUUGUGGUUGAUGUCUGCAAACACGAAUGUAAUGCAGAGUCUUGAGAUCUUAAUUGGCGAUGUCUCCCACCCAUUUCCUGCCUCCUCAACCUAUACAACCGCUCGCUGGUUUACCUUUCUUCCCUCUAUAUAUGGGAGGAAUAGAACUCUGGAUUCCUCCAUCAGAUGUUUUGUUGCACAUCAUAUUGGCACGAUGGCGGGAAAUAAGCAGGCUAUCAUGUAUGCCAGGUCCACAUAUGUGGAAGCUCUGAACAGGCUCCAGCGAUCUCUGUACAACCCGAGGGAAAGUCUUUCAUCUGAGAUCCUAUGUGCCGUUCUGCUUCAAUGCUUUUAUGAACUCUUCGCCAAUGCACAUGACUCAACAUCCUGGAUUAAACACGCCAAGGGGUUGAGUCAGCUUGUUAGAUUUAGAGGCUGUGAUAGGUACCAGACUGAGUUCGAUCAUACCCUACUCAAGGCUUCCCGUGGUUUAAUUAUCAUGCACUCUUUAUUCUCGAAAGAGAAAUGCUUUCUCGCCUCUGGCGAUUGGCAAUCUGUGAUGAAGCAGCAGCUUGACUCUACCUUGCCUACCAUCUUCCACGCCCAGGUAGAAGAGCUCUUUGCUCUCUACACUACCAUACCGUGCUUCAUCCACCAGUUCUUCGAUCUCCGACAGGCCGAACCAGCGCACGAAACGACGCAGUUUAAGGCAUGCAAGCUUCUAAACGAUGCCCUCGCCAUGCAAGCCAGAUUGAUCACUUGGUAUGAUAGCUUCAGCCAUACAGCACCUCUUCCAACUGAAGUCCUCUCAUCGAUGGGCGAUACCUUGUAUCCAGUAGUGUACUCCUUCACAGAUAUCGACACUGCAACAAUCUUCGCUGCAUACUAUUCGUAUAUGGUGAUUGUUCAUGCAAUUCUGGGAGUAUGUCACUACCCCGGCGAACAUGCGGCUAUGGUUGCAUACUACCGGGACCAGAUCUGUAUGUCUGUUGAAUAUCUCGCUCAAGGCAUUUUGGGCCCCUCUCGACUGGGUUUUCCCUUACUUGUGGUUAAUGAGUUUGCGGAUCCUCCGACGAAGCUGUGGGUUCAGGGUUGGUUACAACGUCUUUCAGAGACUUAUAAAGUUAUGUUGCCACAGAAUUACGAACGGUGA